GCAGAAUUGUAGAAUGCCAGAAGUUUGGUGCACUCUGAAGAAAUCAUUAUCCUGCACCAAAUCAUUCCUGUGUGAUGUUCAUGAACCAGAAGCCAUUGGCAAUUCAAUCGCCAAGGAAAGAACAGAACGAGACCCGUCUGGAUGUUUAAGGUCUAAAUCUAACCUCAGAGACAUCAUUUGUGGAAGCAAAAGACACUCGGAGAAGCCAUCCCCUGGUUCCAGCUCGAGAUCAAUGGCGACCAGUGAAGUUCUCCACUCCAUAAUCCAUGAAAUUGAAGCUCAAAUCAAAACAGACAAUUCCUCUGUUUCCCACCCAGGAAAAGCCCCUAUUAAGCCUGAUACAAGAAAUGGCCAUGCCAUCUCUGCAACUUCCGACAGUAUUAAUCAAUUCAACAAUGGUUAUGAAUCCAUUUGCCAAGAAUGUGGUGUGGUUUUUAAGAACCCGGAUGCUGUUGAGUCCCAUCAUCUUUCCAAGCAUGCCGUCGAGGAAUUAGUACAGGGGGAUUCAUCCAGGAAAGUGAUCGAAUUAAUCUGCCAAAGAAAUUGGGCAAUGUCCAAGCCCCAUCACAUCGAGAAGGUUUUCAAAGUCCGUAACUCGCCGAAAACUCUCUCUCUGUUCGAAGAACACAGAGAAGUGGUGAAAAGCAAAGCAAGAAAACUGAAGAAGAAGGAAAACCCACGUUGUUUAGUCGAUGGAAACGAGCUCUUGGGGUUCCAUGGCACAAGAAUUGCUUGCCCACUCGCCGCCGAUGGCUCUCAGAUUCUAUGCGAUUUGGACAGCUGUGGAGUUUGCCAAGUUCUAAGACAUGGGUUUAAUGGCGCGAUUAUUUGUGCAACGAGUGGAAGAGCCUUGGAAUCUAUUGUGGUGAAUGAAGAAGAGGAGGGCCUGAGGAGAGCCUUAAUGGUGUGCAGAGUAAUUGCAGGGAGGAUCCAUGGCGGAGGCGUGGAGAAAGAUGAAGAAGCGAAUGAUAAUUCCGGGUUGGAUUCGUCGGGUGGGGAAACAGGUCGGAGUCCAAACCCGGAGGAAUUUCAUGUCUUCAAUCCUAGAGCUGUACUGCCUUGCUUUGUGGUAACUUACAAACGGUAGGGUAGAAAUGUGUAAUUUUGGCAGUUGGCCUAAAUUUUGUGCACAAAAGACAAGUGAAAUGAAGAUUGAAUUAAAAGCUUGGUUAAUUGGAAAAA